UCGCUAAGAAGCUGCCUAUAGUAGAAGCUUAACCUCGCGACGAGGUCAAUAACAAUAUUGAAAGGCAAAGCGGAAAAGGCACAAAGGUUUAAAUCACCGGCUUAAGAUAAAUAUGGAUGAGUACGACUUCAUCAUUGUCGGCGCUGGACUCUCCGGAGUCGACGCCGCUUACCGCCUGAAGACUCAGCUGCCAGACUGCUCCUACACCAUUCUGGAAGCACGAAACGAGGUCGGCGGCACUUGGUCAUUCUUCAAAUUCCCCGGUAUCCGGUCGGACUCUCAACUUACAUUGUUCGGCCUUCCGUGGCGACCAUGGAUACACGAUACGGAUAUGGCUAAAGCGCAUCUUAUCAGGGAAUAUAUAGAGGAUGCUGCACGGGCCGAAGGUAUCGACAAGAAGAUCCAGCUCAAGCACCAGGUCACCGGUAUCAAUUGGUCUUCGGAGGAACAGCGGUGGACUCUGGCGGUUAACGCAGACGGUCUCGCAAAGGAAUACAAGGCUAAAUUCUUGAUCACCUGCUCGGGGUAUUAUGAUUACGCCAACCCGCUCAAGGCCGAAAUACCCGGCAUCGAGAACUUCGAGGGCACGGUCGCGCACCCUCAGUUCUGGCCCGAGGACCUCGAUUAUGCUAAUAAGAAAGUCGUUAUCAUCGGAUCUGGCGCUACUGCUAUCACUAUGCUGCCCGCUAUGGCCGAGACGGCGGGUCACGUUACGAUGCUUCAAAGAAGCCCAUCUUACGUUAUUAGUCUGCCCCUAUCGGACCCGGUCGGGAGAUGGAUCAGGAAGGUUUUCCCAGAGAGCAUUGCUCACUCACUCAACUGGUGGCGAUGUUUUAUCGUGGAACAUGUCUUUGUUUUCUUUUGCCUUACCUUCCCUAAUCUAGCAAGGAAGCUUGUCGUACACGAUAUGAAGAAAGAAUUACCCGCCGACAUUGAUGUAAACGUUCAUUUCAACCCCAAGUACAACUUAUUCGAACAACGAGUGGGUCUAUGUCCAGAUGGUGACUUUUUCCGAGCUCUACACCGAGAUAACUGUGACAUUGUCACCGACCAUAUCGAGACAGUCACGGCAGAUGGCAUUCUUACUAAGUCGGGGAAGAAGCUCGACGCAGACAUUAUCGUGACGGCCACGGGUCUUCACGUCCACCUAUUUGGAGGUAUCACCCCAAUCGUCGAUGGACGGCCUGUGGAUCUAGGAACUUGCUAUGCUUGGAGAGGGGUCAUGGUUACUGGUGUGCCAAAUUCCGGAGCUGUGAUGGGGUAUACGACAAGUUCCUGGACGCUCGGUGCUGAUAGCAGUAUCAAGCUGCUCAUCAAAGUAUGGAAGCAUAUGCAGAAGACUGGCGCUACGUCAGUUGUGCCAGUCAACGCUCAAUCCGACCUCGCCUCGUCUAAGCCGGUCGUAGGUCAUAGCUCGACCUACUUUGUCAUGGCGCAGAGCAGGUUGCCUAGGAUCACGGGUACAUCGCCGUGGUAUGGACGCACGAAUAGCAUAUAUGAUCAUCUAAAGCUAUGGUUUGGUAGUGUUACAAAGGGGCUACAGUACACGUAUCCAUCAAAGAAGAAUGACUGAGCGGUAUCCUGUAUACUAUGUAGCUUUCAAGGCCGGUAGAGGCACUUAAAUAAAAUUUGCACCAAAGGCCAAUAAUUAUAUAGUAGAUUGUACCUAUUACAUGUAUAUAUGAGAAUCCCCGCAAUCACCAUCUGAAUAUAUUGUUGGAGGGGUAGGUAGUAGAAUUUAUCUUAUCGGAU